AUGGGUCCCUCGCCCUUCGAUUGCUUCCGCCUCUGCCUUCUCUCUGAUCGAAGCUCCCUCUCCCUGCUUAUGUACACCCGCCCUUAUCACUCGUCCUCCCUGGAUCGACACUCGCUCUCCACCUCCACCGUGCUCGUCGGACGCGGCAUCCUUGGCCCUGCAGAUCAUGUUCACAGAACCCGCGAGUCAGACACAUCCCCGCUACACCGUCCGUACAACCCUCCGCACUCCGGACGACGGAUCCCGACGCCGUCCACCUCGUCAGCCCUAGAUGCGUAA